AUAGUCUUCCCAUCCAAGUAAAGUAAAGUUGAAGUUGGCCAGCCAUCCUCAUCUCCUGAAUGACAAAUUGGCCAACCUCCCAUCUCCCCCACACUCUCUCUCUGAUCCCACUAAAAGAAAAUUAUAAAACCACAAGAAAGGUGAAAGGUAGGAGGAAAGGUGAAAUCUUUUGCAAGGAAUAACCAGAUUCAUCAUCAAAGAUGUAGAGAGAGAGAGAGAGAGAGAGAGAGAGAGGGUAAAAGCUAAGUUUGAACAGAAACUCUAAAAAGGACUGAAUUUUUGCUGCGAAAGGAAGAAACAUGUUGUCGUUUGGGAAAGGAGAGGGUGGUUAGUGAGAGAGAGAGAAGAGUUCUAGAGAGAGAGAGAGGCCGGCCUAGUUCACCUCUCUCCCUCUCUCUUUUGCUUCCAACAGCUUUCUGGGAGGUUGGAAAAACUCCUUCGAGGGAAAAGAUGUGAUACUAGAAAGAUGGGGAAGAAAGGGAGCUGGUUUUCCACGAUCAAGAGGGUCUUCACACCCAACUCCAAAGAGAAGCCAGUUGAUGGGUCGGGGAAAAAGAGCACGAAGGAAAACAAGAAACGAGGGAUAUUGAGGCAUGGGGAGUCCAAAUCAUUCAUGCCUCUGUUCAGGGAACCGAGCAGUAUCGAACAAAUACUCGGGGAAAUGGACCAACAGCAGUCACUUAUUAGGCCUCCCACACCUGUUGAGCAACAUACUCUGCCGCCUUUGGUACUUCCCAGGGCUGCCUCCCGGAGUGUAGCUUCUCCGAGGGCUGCUUCUCCACGAGUCACUUCCCCGAAGGCUGCUUCUCUAAGGGUUGGAUCUCCUAGAGCUGCUUCCUCAAGAUCUCUUCAACACCAUAAGGAAAUAAGCUACAGGCCAGAACCAACUCUACGAUACCGCAAUGUUUCGGCCACCAAGAUCCAAGCAGCCUACAGAGGUUACAUGGCAAGGAGGGGCUUUAAAGCUUUGAGGGGUCUAGUUAGGCUUCAAGGAGUGGUGAGAGGCCAGAAUGUGGAGCGACAGACUAUGAACGCCAUGAAAAUGAUGCAACUACUAGUGCGGGUACAAACCCAAAUCCAGUCUCGCCGCAUCCAGAUGUUAGAAAACCAGGCGCUCCAACGCCAAGCUUACAAUAACGAUAAGGAAUUGGAGAGUACUUUGGGCAAGUGGACCGCGAAUCAGUCUGAAGCAGGGCUCCAUGAGGAUUGGGAUGACAGUGUGCUGACAAAAGAAGAAAUAGAGGAAAGGCUACAGAGGAAGGCGGAGGCAUUGAUCAAGAGAGAAAGAGUAAUGGCUUAUUCAUACUCCCACAAGUUGUGGAAAGCUAAUACUAAAUCAGCUCAAAUAUCGCCAAUGGACCCCCGGUCCGGUGGCUUUCCAUGGUGGUGGAACUGGUUGGAUCGUCAACUACCACCGCCUGCAAAUCCUCCCGAAAGCCAAACCAUGAAGAGCUUUCUAGUAACUCCUCCAAGGCCAAAACCGAGCCCAACACCCUCACCCUUCAACUACAAGCAAUCCAAUAUCGGGGCCUCACCGUUCAACUACAAGCAAUCCAAUAUCGGGGUCGACAAUCUUGAAUUGCUCACACCGAGGUCAACAAGAUCAGCAACACCGAUGAGAACUAGGUACCAAUAUACCCCUUCAAAUCGAACACCAACAAAUAGCUCAUUUCAGAUGAAGUAUUCAAAGCCAAGAACCAGCAAUGCCGGUUCUGCUUUUGAUAUGAAGGACGACGACAGCCUGAUGAGCUGCCCGCCUUUUUCUGCUCCAAACUACAUGACACCAACUGCUUCGGCCAAAGCUAAAGCCAGAGAAAGUGGCGGCAUUCUCAAGGACAGCAUCCUGAAGGACAGGUUUCCAGGGACUCCGGGUGCUGAUUCCAAUUCCAAGAAACGGUUUUCAUUCAUGCUAACGUCAAACUUUGCAUCUUUCAAGUGGAACAAAGGCUCUAGCAAGGACUCAAAUCCUCGAAGGGUAAUCGAAAAACACAAGUCUUUGCAUUCUGUUGGGGAUGUAAGUAUUGAUUCAGCCGUUUCCAUGCCUGCUGCAUUUGGGAGGAAACCAUUUAACCGGUUUGUGUGAUAUUACAUUUGCAUUUGCUUUUUUCUUUUCAACCAUUUAUUUGAAGUAUUGGGCUUCUUUUUCACUUUUUUUUUUUUUUUUUUGUAGCAGUGAGUGUGUGGUUUGAUAUGAUAAAGUGCAAAAUGCUGAUGUAAAAUAAUAAAGAUAUAGAAAAUUAUGGUUUGUUUGAAUGUUACAGGAUUUGGGAUUUUCGAAA